CUGUGGACUAUAUUAUCGACUUGUUUAAGUUUUGAAUAUACAAAGUGACUAAUAAGCUUGUAGUGAAGGCUUAUCUUUGCCUUAAUCUGUUCAGUUGAUCAGACUGGGGUGAGCUAAGUUGCCGAUAGUUCUGUAGGCAGUAGAAAAAAGGCGUUCCGACGCCAAGAAAUCAAACAAUAUGAUAUUUAUUGCUGCCGCGCUGAUCUUUAUUGCACCAAUCGCUUCUGCAGUCGAGAUACCGUUACUCCCUGGUAAUUGUUCCGAGGCGUAUUUUUUCUGUCAUGAAUUAGCGAAAUGCGAAGAGGUAAAUGAUACCAGUUUUAGAUGUGUGUGUGAAGCUGGAACAAUUGGUGAUGGAUUAAAAGCAGAGGGUCAAUCCGGCUGUAAACACACUGUGUUUCCAUGUACUAAUGAUGCUAACUGCCACAUUGAUGGAUACUGUAAUAAGACAGAUUCUGCCCUUCCUGUGUGUAAUUGCAAAAAAGGUUUUACGGGAGAUGGCAAGAACAACUGUGAUGAUAUCGACGAGUGUUUAGCCAACCCAUGUGACCAGAACGCCAACUGUCAAAACAACAAACCUGGUUUUAAAUGUGUUUGUCUUCCAAUGUUUACCGGUGAUGGCUUCAAAUGUUCUCGAACAUGUAGUGUAAAACAAGACUGUUUUCAACCUAAUGGUGAUUGUAUAGAAAAUUACUGUAAAUGUAACGCUGGUUACACUGGUGAUGCUUUUACUGCUUGUGAUGAUAUUGAUGAAUGUAAAACUGGAGACUUUGUCUGUACAGACCCAGCAGUUUGUGUUAAUGAGCCCGGUACUUAUACAUGUGGCUGUCCAAAUGGUUACAAAGGAAAUGGUGUAACAUGUACAAAAUUACCAAAAAACUGUCAUGAAAUAUACCAAGAAGAUCCUUCAGCAGUUAGUGGGAGAAUGUUUGAAAUAGACCCUGAUGGUACUGAUCCGCUGGAUGCCAUGCAGGUGAAGUGUGAAUUCAAAGAUAAUAUUGGGAUAACAAUAGUUAUAGCUUCAAAAAAUACACCUCAACCAAUUCACUCACAAGAAACACCAGUUGAAUAUAAGGGUAUCUCACCAGAACAAAUUAAAGGUCUUGUAGAUAAUUCAGAAUUCUGUUAUCAAACUCAAUGGAUAGAAUGUACUGGAGGAUAUAAUCUAUAUCAAGACAAUAUGAUGGAAUGGACAGACUCUAAUGGUACUACAUAUAGAUCAUGGGGAGGAUCUGGUCAGGAUGGAAAUUGUGCUUGUGGUGUUCUUGGAUUCUGCGAUAAGGGCAAAACCUGUAAUUGUGAUGGUUCAUCUACUGACACCGUGAUUGAUUUUGGAAAAAUUAUCGAUUCGUCAAGAUUACCAAUCAGUUCCGUCAAAUUCAAAGCUGGUUCGGGAUCGAAGACAGCUAGCUAUGUCAUUUCCGAUGUAAAAUGUGCACCCAAACCUAUAGAUUUAUUACGAGAUUGCGAUGAGAUAAAGAAAGAUGGCGUGGGUGAUAGUGGGCCACAAGUUAUAGAUAUAGAUGGUCCCGAUGGUCCUCUCCAACCCACCUUAGUUCACUGUGAUAUGAAAACGUUUGACCAUGUUGCUAUAACUGUUGUGCCACACGAUAAACAAACUCCAAUUGUGCCAACAGAAUCUGGCUCUACUCCAUUAAAUUAUGUCACACCGUCCGACGUAAUAGCUGGUAUCAUCAAUGGAUCGGCAUUCUGUUAUCAAGAAGUCAGCUACACCUGUAGAAAUUCUCCUAUUAAUAUAAAUGGUGAACAAAUUGUAUCUGUAAGUGUUGGUAAGGAAUCUAGAAAUAUUGACUACUUCCCUGGUGGAGAAGGUGUGGCCGGUAAUUGUGGGUGUGGUAUAACUGGUUCCUGUGUUGAAAAGAAUAUAACAUGUAAUUGUGAUAUGAAUGACAAUGUUACCAGAUAUGAUAUUGGUAUGCAGACAAACCCUCAAGACUUACCAGUAAGGUCAAUUACCACUGAUAGUAGCUCGAAUGAUUCUUAUACUGAAGUUAAAAUUGGACCACUGAUGUGCGCUAAAAUGCAGUUUGGUAUUGAACCGAAUUGUGAAAAAUAUCGGGCAACAGGAAGAACUGAACCAUACACUUACCUGAUAGAUCCGGAUGGUCCUGCUGAUCCUUCUAAACCUGAUGACUUAAAUGUUGCACCAUUUGCUGCUGAAUGUCAAUUUACAGAGUAUCCACCACAAGGUGUUACUAUAAUACAUCACGAUACAGAAAAUCCCUUCAACUUAACGGAAGCCAACUUUUUCUUUGAGAUAGUCUACAAGAGAAUAAUUAGUGAUGAUCAACUUAGACAGUUACGUACCAGAUCAACUUAUUGUGUACAGGAAUUAUCAUUUAACUGUGAAAAUUAUCAUCUACAUCUUCAAGGUGGGGGUGGUGUGUUCUGGAAGGAUGUUGAUGGUCAGCGGUAUGAUUACUUGUCUGGUGGAGCUGAGGGUGAUGUGGGCUGCAGUUGUAACGCACUUCAAAAUUGUGCUGAAGGCAAAACCUGUAAUUGUGAUGCUAUGAGCAGUAGCCUUCAGACCGAUUUCAAUGAGUUAGGAAAUGUAACCCAUUUACCCGUUUCAUCACUAGACUUUACUUCUGUCAACGGUCAGCUUUCAGCUGGUGCCAACUCUAGUUUAGGAGUACUGUUAGGUCCAUUGAAAUGCUAUGAGACUUUCCCUACCUGCUAUGAUUUAUGGGCCUACAUGAGAACCAGAUCGUUAAUUGGAGAAACACCAGUAGAAUCUGGUAAAUACACCAUCGAUCCGGAUAGUUCUGGUGGUGUUCCUGCCUUCACCGUAACCUGUAACUUUCCAUUUACGUCAGUUCCUGUAGAUGGAAGUGGUGGUGCUCCAGGACUCGGCCAGUCGCAAUGUUUUGAAAUCGUAUAUAAAGAUACAAUGGGAAACCCAAUUACACCAGCACAAAUAUCGGCUUUAGUGGACAAAUCGAAGGCGUGUCAACAGUAUCUUGGUUAUGCUUGUAUCAAUGCUCCUAAGACCAAGAAUGUAAAUUUCACUACCUGUGAUGGCAAGGCACAAGUUGGUUGGGCUUUAAGUGGUGGAUAUGACAGCUGUUCUUGUGGUUUAACUGGUACCUGUGAAGGUGGACCACAGAAUUCAUGUAACUGUGAUGUACAAGAUGGUACCAAGAAAACAGACGGAGGCUCUAUCUACAAUACGACACGAUUACCUAUCUGUGAAGUGUGUUUAGGUUUGGACAGCGUUGACACUCUCCCGACGGGUCAACAGACCAGGGGUAGUGGAUUUAGUGUCGGGACUUUGAACUGCCUUGGAUAUGACUUUGAUGGAAAGAAUAAUUGUAAUGAUCGACGUCUAACAAGAACCGAGGAUAAGGUAUAUUAUCUAGAUACUGAUAAUGCAUACUCCGGUGAAAAACCUUUCCCAGUAUACUGUGACAUGGUACCAUACCCUGCUAUGGGUAUCAUGGAAAUAAGGCCUAAAGAGUCCGAAUACCAAAUCCCUGCCAACCAACCCUUUGAUAUCAGCAUCACCUACUUUGUGUAUAGCCAAGAACUAGUAAAUCAACUGAUAGACAAUUCUUAUUACUGUACACAAGAGAUCUAUAUCACAUGUAAUAGUGGUUCUUUAGAUUUAACUGGAACUAAUGGAUGGUAUGCUAGAGAUGGAACACCACAAGAUGAUUGGGGAGGAAAUAUUGGAAAAACAGUAAAAUGCCAGGACAAUGGUGCCGACUGUAACUGCAAUAAAGCCGGAAGUCAGAUUGAUGGAGGUAUUUUGGGUGAUAAAUCUAAGUUACCAAUAUCAAGAGUUAAGCUUGGACCAAGCACCACGGCCAGAACUCUCGCAGUUGGGGCAGUGAAGUGCUAUGAAAUCAGAGCUGACUGCUAUGAUAUCAUGAAGAGUGGUGAUACUAAAACUCCAUACAAGAACGGAACUUACGUCAUUGACCCUGAUGGUCCGGAUGGCGUUGAUCCAUUUAUUGUUAAAUGUCAUUUUGAUCAAAAGGGGGACAACGCUGUUACUGAGGUUCUUACUGAGGCUCAAGGACCUAGAUUUUUAGAUGGAAAGACAGUACCAUACUCAUAUUCCAUACCUUAUGAAUACAAAGGAGCAACAGAAGAACAGAUAAACGUUCUGGCCAGACAAGCUCCAUUCUGUCAUCAGGGAAUCCUUUACGAAUGUACGGCAUCACCAAUAUCUGGUAACGUCAAUUAUGAACUAAAUAAUGGAUUUAUCUCACCAAGCUUUGGAACCGGUCCCGAGACCAAUGUUAGUUCAUGUCCAUGUGAUCUUCUUGGAACAUGUGAUGGUUUCAAAUGUCGAUGCGACGCCCAAGGAUCAAUGGUAGCCAACGACAACGGAACAAUCACAGAUAAAAAUCUUCUGCCCAUUACAGAGGUCAGUGCCGGUGGCCAGACAGAGUCUGGUGCAAGAGCAGCAGUUGCCGUCUCUUCUGUUCAAUGUUCAGAAAGACCUGUCGGGUUCCCCAAGGAUUGCGAAGAGGCUCACAAACGUGGAUACAAAACUGGAGAAGUUAUGAUAUACCCAUCAGCUUCUUUAGAUCCCUUCUUCGUUUAUUGUGAUAUGCAAGUAAAACCCGGUCACGGUGUGGCUAUUAUCAAUCCAAACUUAGAACCAGAAACAAACGUUCCUUUUAAUGGUCAACCUAUAGAUGUACCAUACAAGGGACUCACGAAUGAACAAAUUCAAGCAAUUGUAGAUGUUUCGUCUAACUGUUACCAACCCGUGAAAUAUAACUGUAGAAAUACAGCAUUCAUAUCAGCUAACAAAUUUUCAUGGAAGAGUAUUGAUGGUAGUAGUAAUAGCUAUUUUGGAGCUGGUUCACCAGCAGGAAGAGAUUGUACAUGUGGCAGCGAAAAUCUUUGUGGAGGUCAAGGCGGUAAAGCCACCAUGCAAAAAAGGAACUGUAACUGUGGCAUUGGAGAUAAUCAGGAUCGAGUUGAUGCUGGUAUCUUUUCCAACACCAAAGAAUUACCAGUAAGGAGUCUUGUAUUCUCACCUACAGGGAAAUCAGGAUCACAAGGAAAUAUAACUAUUGGUCAACUAUAUUGUGGACAAACAACACUAAAAUUCGAUGAAUGUACAACAGGAUUCCAUGAUUGUCAUGAGUUAGCAAGAUGUUUAAACACUGACGAUGGAUUUGAAUGCGUUUGUCAACAAGGUUACAGAGGCCAAGGACGAUGGAAUGUUUGGGCGAACGGAAGAGAGUGCUUUGAUGAUGAUGAGUGUGCGUUCUUACCAUGUCCACAUUCAGCUGUUUGUGCCAACUUCCCCGGUUCUUUUAAUUGUACCUGUAAAGCUGGUUAUUAUCAAACAGGUCCGCAACAAUGUCAAGACGUUGAUGAGUGUGCUGAGAAAAAGGAUAAUUGUGAUCCAAAUGCUCGAUGUACUAAUACUGAUGGUUCAUUCUUCUGUACCUGUAAACGUGGUUAUAGAGGAGCUGGUACUGAUGGUACAUGUGAACCUGUUGGAAUCUGUGCCUGUUUUGGCGAUCCACAUUGUAUUUCAUUUGAUAAUCAUUGGCUACAUUUUAUGGGUGAUUGUCAGUACGUUAUGUCUAAAGAUGGUUGUGAUGGUUCACCACAAACGUACGGGGUAUGGACACGCAACUGGGAUAUGGAGAGAAGAGAUGUUCAGGGUAUUACCUGGGUUAAGGAUGUUACUGUAGUGGUUAAUAACACGAAAAUCUUGUUAGGAAGAAAUCGUGAGAUAAGAGUAGAUGGCAGAACUUUCAUUGCUUAUAGUGAUAACGGUAUUACUGUGGAUGACAAUGGAAGAGAAGUCGCAGUCAUAACAACAUUUGGUCUAGAGGUAUAUUGGGAUGGAGGAGAUGAAGUAGAAGUUAUAUUACCUAAAGAAUAUAGAAGUAAAACAUGUGGUUUAUGUGGUAAUUAUAAUGGUGAAAUAGAAGAUGAUUGGGUUGUUGGAGAUCAUUGUGCUAAAGAGAAAGGAAAUGUGACUGAUAAUGAAAACCUCUUCGGAAACUCUUGGGUUGUAUCUGAAUAUCUUGAAGCUGCAGCGGCAUGUCAAGCUGAUUGUGAUGCCCCACCUACUAAUAAUACUUUAUGUAAUGAACCAUUAGUCAACUAUUAUUGUGAUCGAGUAUUUAAUCCUGAAAUAUCCCCAUUCAAGGAUUGUCUAGCCGCAAUGGAUGAAAACUUACUACAAAACCUCAGAUAUAGUUGUGUAUUUGAUAUCUGCCACGUGACACAAGAUGUAGAAUUGGGUAUGUGUUCCAGUGCCGAGAGAGUUGUCAAUGAAUGUCAGAAAAACAUCAACAUUGACGUCGGCUUGUGGAGAAAACCUGGAUUCUGCGAAAUAACAUGUAGUGUAAAUAUGGAAUACCGAAUCUGCGGACCAAGAGGUGAACCUGAUAAACAACGACAAACAACAUGUAUGAACGUCCGGCUGGGUACUAAUCCACCUAACCUAGGUUUCUGUGCUGAAGGUUGUUUCUGUAUACCGGGUUAUGUUCUAGAAGGACAGAAAUGUAUUCUUCCAACAGACUGUGGAUGUGUUAUGGAUGGUGUCUACAUGGCGGUUGGAGAUACAUAUGUUGAUCCUGGAUGUACUAAGAUGCAGGUCUGUUAUGAAAAUGGAAAUUUAACAGAACAGUCCCUUCAGUGUGGAGCUCUAGGAGAAUGCACGCUAGAUGAUAAGACUGGAAUUUAUGGCUGCCAUUGUAAGGAGGGUUACCUUGGUGAUGGAUUCGAAUGCUCAGAUGAUCCAUGUUUUAAUGUAAAAUGUGGUAAUAACAUGCAGUGUGUAAAAGGUGUUUGUCAGUGUAAGAUGGGUUAUACCGGUGAUUGUAAUAACUGCGAUGAUAUUGACGAAUGUGCUACUAAAACUGAUAAUUGUAUUCAUCUUGGUCAGAGAUGUAGUAAUUAUAUCGGUGGAUAUGAUUGUCUAUGUUUAGACGGAUAUGUCAGAUACGGAAAUUACUGCAGUGAUAUCAACGAAUGUGAAGCUGGGUUUGAUACAUGUGAUGAACAUGGUGAAUGUAUCAAUACACAUGGUAGCUAUUUAUGUGAAUGUUGUCAAGGUUAUACCAAGAAUGCUCUAGAUACAUGUGUCCCUGAUGGCACCCCUGUUCCUGCAACCGGAAGUAAAUGCUGCUCAUGCUCUGGACCAGCUUGUUCUAGACCAGGCAAGGUUUGUGGUGACGAUGGUAAAACCUAUAACAAUGAAAGAGCUCUUCGAAUUGCUGCAUGUAAAGCAGGAGCUGAUGUAGAUGUUAGUUACAAAGGAGAAUGUAAACCUUCCUGUGGUGGAGUUACUUGUGAGAAACCAUUUGAGAAAUGUGUUGUUGAUAACACAAUAGGUGUAGCUCAAUGUGAAUGUCCUAAAUGUGGAGGAGGUGAUGUCACAGUAACUGAAGCGCCUGUGUGUAGCAGUCGAUUUAUCAUGUUUCCCAGUGAAUGUGAAUUCAAACGCAUCAUGUGUGAAGUAAAUGAUGCCACCACGAUCAUCCAGAGUGAUGCCGGUCUUUGUGACAAAGGUCCAGGAAGUAGCCCAGUUGGACCAUGGACAGAAUGGGGUGACUGCAGUGUAGAUUGUGGUAGGGGUAUUAUGAAUCGAAGUAGAGAAGAAAUCAGAGCAAGAACUAGCUACGAGAAAAUCUUGACGCCUAUCUCAGAAACAGCAGCUUGUUAUGGAAAUUGUACAAACGGUCCAUGUGCCAACUAUAGCUGUCCAGGUUUUGGACAGAUCUGUGUACCAGGAGCUGAUAACACAACAGCUUCAUGUAUCUGCCCAGAUUGUUCACACAGAGAAGACGAACCAGUCUGUGGUCUGAUAGGAUACAGGCAGUUGAACUUCAAGAAUACAUGUGAAUUACAGAAGAAGGCUUGUGAAGUCAAUAGAAAACCACAUUUACUUAGUGAAUCUACGUGUGGAGCUCUUCCACUUAACUGUUCUCUAUAUACAAAAUUCCAAGAUUUUACUGAAGAUGGUUGUACGGUAGCAUCACCUGUUGCUGUAGGUGUUUGUGAGGGUGGUUGUGGUGUAUCACCAGAUAAAUGUUGUGAAGCUGUCCAAACUGAGAUGCUCGCCUACACAUUAACAUGUACUAACAGUACCACUGUUGACAAACAGAUCUCAUCUGUACUCAGUUGUAAAUGUAACGAUCUUGCAGUCCCUUAAUAAAAAGAUGAUGGGUAUAUAUAUAUAUAUAUAUUUAUAUAUAUAAAUAUAUCUCAAAAGUAUAUUAUAACUUAUUUAAUAAAAUAUAAACUAUAAAUAUAAAUUCAUUGUUGAAAUUAAUUCUAAUUAAGGAGAAGAAAUAAAUUAUUUUGUCGGAUCCUAAUAAAUGUAAAUUAUGUAUAUUUUGUAAAUUAUACGGGCGUUAGGCGUUCCAUAUUCCGUUGAAUUGAAUAAAUUCUCUAUUUCCGAAUAUUCAUUAUUGUUUGAUUUUGUGGCACAUGAAUUAUAUACAUCCGAAUAAACAAUGGCUCUGUU